AUGCGCGUCAAGCUCGGCGUCUUCCUGGCGCUUGGUCUGCUCUGCCAGCUCGCCCUGGCUGUUGACCCACUGCUGCCCGAUAAGGACGUGAAGGGCUCUUUUUCCAGUUCCUACAGUGGACCUCAGGGCCACCAGAGCACCAUCGGCUCCUAUGACAAUGGCGUAGUAAACCAGAUCACUGACACCAACGGCCACGUCACACAUGUCACUGGCAAUGUUCCUGGCCGCAAGCUGCUCAGGUGGGAUGGCAUCUGGUACAACCGCUGGGGCAACAACGAUGCCUCUGCAGCAGGAGCUUCGGCCGCAGCAGCAGGUGACAGCGUUGCAGCAGCCGCAGCCGCCGCCUCCUCCUCUGGCGGCUCCGACCGCUACUGGGGCCGCCGCCUGCUCCACUGGGGCAGCUGGAACGGCGGCCGCAACGGCUGGAACCGCGGUGGCUACAACAACAACGGAGGCUCUGCUGCUGCAGCAGCUUCUGCUGCUGCUGCCGGUGACAGCGCAGCAGCAGCCGCCGCUGUCGCCGCCUCUGGCAACUCUGGCCGCUACUGGGGCCGCCACCUGCUGGACUGGGGCCGCUGGAAUGGCGAUAACAACGGCUGGAACAGUGGCAACAGCGGUUGGAACCACGGUGGCUACAACAACAACGGAGCAACAAUGGUGGCUCUGCUGCUGCUGCUCAUGCUGCAGCAGCAGCCAACAACGCCGCCGCCUCUGCAGCUGCCGCUGCCGCGUCUAACGGCGCCUCUGCUGCAGCCGUCGCUGCAGCCGCUGCUUCUGCAGCCCCUGGAUCGGCAGCCGCGGCGGCUGCAGCGGCAGCUGCAGCGUCCGGAGGCACAGCAGCCCAGGCAGCCGCAGCAGCGGCCAGCGCAGCAGGGAACUGCGUCCUGCUCCCACGCCAGCAAGCCUCGUCUGUAUCCUUCCAACCGCUUCACAAAUCACGCUCCUCCCACCGUCGGCGUCAUGCUCGCCAAGCUGGGACUCGUCCUGGCGCUUGGCCUGCUCUGCCAGCACGCGCUUGCUGGGAGAAGGUUUUUCAAACAGAGGAAUCGAGACGGCUUCUACACUUUCCUGACGGUCUUCAAGUUUUUCCUGCCCCUCAGCUCUGAGCAGGCUGUGCUGUUCUCUGGCAACACCUUUCACAACACUGGCUUCAAUGACAACAGCAUCUUUGGCAACUCCGGCAACCUGCUGUCCGGAAAUGCCUUCCCCCAGACAGAUGGGGCCAACGUGAAGAGCACCUACUCCAGCUCGUACAAUGGGCCGCAGGGCCACCACGGCACAAUUGCCACCUACGACAACGGCCAGGUCGACCAGAUCAAUGACAACAACGGCCACAUCUCACGCGUGACUGGCAAUGUUCCAGGCCGCAAGAUGCUGCAGUGGGGUGGCGGCUGGGGCAACCGGUGGGGAUCCAACUGGGGCAACCGUGGUAACAACUAUGGUGGAAACAACUACGGGGGCAACGAUGGAGGCUCUGCUGCAGCCGCAGCCUCUGCAGCAGCAUCAGGUAACAGCGCAGCAGCCGCAGCUGCCGCCGCCGCCUCGGGCAACAGUGCUGCAGCUGCCGCAGCCGCCGCUGCCGCCUCUGGUGGCUCCGGCGGCUACUGGGGCCGCCACCUCCUGGACUGGGGCCGCUGGAACGGCGGCAACAACGGCUGGGGCGGUAACAACGGCUGGAACCGCGGUGGCUACAACAACAACGGAGGCUCUGCUGCUGCAGCAGCUUCUGCUGCCGCUGCCGCUGCCGGUGACAGCGCAGCAGCCGCAGCCGCCGCUGCCGCCUCUGGUGGUUCUGGCGGCUACUGGGGCCGCCACCUGCUCGACUGGGGCCGCUGGAACGGUGGCAACAACGGCUGGAACAACCGCGGCAACCGCAACAACGGAGGCUCUGCUGCUGCAUCCGCUUCUGCCGCUGCUGCUGGGAACAGCGCUGCGGCAGCUGCAGCAGCAGCCGCCGCCAGACGCAACAGCGCAGCAGCCGCUGCAGCCGCCGCAGCUGGCGGCGGCCGCCACCUGAAGGAGUGGGGCGGCUGGAACGGCGGCGGUAACAACGGCUGGAACGGUGGCAACAAUGACGGCUCCCGCGGCGGAAACGACGGCUGGCGCAACAACAACAACAACAAUGGUGGCAACAACGGCGGCAACAACGGCGGGCGUGGAAACAACGGGGGCUCCUCCAGCGCAGGGGCUUCCGGCGCAGCCUCAGGUGGCAACGGCGGCGGCGGCUGGGGUGGCAACAACGGCGGCGGCGGCGGCUCUUCAGCUGCCAGCAGCUCUGCUGCCGCUGGUAUGCCUCAUCCAACCAGGCUGCGGCUGCCGCAGCUGCCGCUGUUGCAUCAAGCGGAGGCACAGCUUCUGCCGCUGCUGCUGCCGCUGCUUCUGCAGCCCCGGGCUCGGCCGCAGCCUCCGCUGCCGCGGCAGCCGCAUCUUCUGGCGGCGACGCUGCUGCUGCAGCUGCUGCUGCCGCAAGCGCAGCCGGGAAGAGAAGACGGCCUGAGCUCGCGCAACCUGAAGCAGAUGGACCCAGCACAGUGGGUGAGCAGCGCGACAGGCCGCAAUGCCAACGGAGUCUUCUCUUCUUCCUGGAAUAUUGAUGGCCACGGCGGAGGCACUGUGGGCAGCUUUGGGCCAGGAGGCUCCAAGGAGAUCACCCUGGUCGACUCUUCCACGGGCCAGAAGGUGGUUCUGGUCAAUGGGUGCCUGCCUGCUGACUCCCCUUUCAAGAACAGCGUGGAGGCAAGGCUGGAUGACAGCGCGCGCAAGGCUGGCGGCCGCAAGCUGAAGCAGUUCUUCUCCGACCGCUUCUUCCCCUUUGGCAGCGCGGCCGCAGCCUCUGCUGCAGCCGCCUCCGGAAGCCGCGACCCCUUCUUCUUUGGGGAAGGUGGCAGUGCGGCGGCAGCCGCAGGCGCCGCGGCCGCAUCCGGUCGCAAGCUGGCGGCUGCAGAUAGCUCCCACCAUGGCAUCACUGAUUUCACUGGCGCGGAGGGAACGCUGCUGGACGGCAGCGCGCGCCAGGCUGGCGGCCGCGGCUUGCUGCAGUUUUUCCGCGACCGAUUUGACGGAAACCGGUUCCGCAACUUUGGCAGCUCCAGCGCAGCUGCCUCCUCCGCAGCUGCUUCCGGUGGUGACGGCUUCUUCGGCGGUGGCGGCAGCGCCGCGGCAGCCGCUGCGGCUGCCGCGGCCUCGAACGGCGGAUUUGGCGGCGGCUCGGCAGCCGCCGCCGCAGCGGCCGCCGCAGCAUCCGGCGGCGGCGGCUGCUGCUGCGGGCGAGGGGGCGUGAUGGGCUCGAAUGGGGAUUUCACGUGUCGCUGUUGUCCACCAGGAAUCGCACUCACGAAGCACACCAUCCAGAAGCAGCCCAGAAGAUUGGAAUGCUACCAAGACAAGGGCUCUGGGGACGGCGAGCGUGGAGCCAAGGGCUGGGGGUUUCAGAGCUUCCUGAGGGCCUUGGAGCCGCAGGGAACACAUCAGGGCAGCCGCGGUCGGACACAGCCGGAAUUUGUCUUCGUGGACGAGCUAGAUGGCAAGAAAUAUCCGUAUAGCCAGGAGGACAAGGACGAUGUGGACAAAAUGUCUCCAGAAGAAAUGGAAGCCUUCUGCGUGGAGGCAGAGAAACACAUCAAGAGGAGGACCGCGCAGCUCGAAGAGGCAGCGCGGCUCUUCAGUGAAUUCUUUUCAAUCAGCCGCAUGAGAGAGGGGCCGCCCCUGUAUCAUGGCAGGAGUGGCAGGAGAUUUUGA